CAUCACCUGUGCUGGUGUUAGCACGUCGCAGCUCCCCCUCGACUGAUACCAGGUGAGGGGCGCUCAGUCAGGUGCCGCGCGAGUGGCUCAUACAUGCAGGCACGCGACUCUUCACUGUUUACACUUGAUGGAUUCUUGGUGCAAGGGUGAUGAUCUAUUGGAUGAUUAAACCCUUGAUAAAAUAGUGUUCUUUUAAUGGUGAUACUGUAAAUAUAAUUGUGUAAAAACGUUACAUUUCCAAAAGGAUUUUCUCCCUCUUUAAGUUCUAAACCAACAAUAGAAAGUGUUUUAUAAACACAUUAUCCGUCUUGUUACUUUUUAAGCUGCCAGUGGAAAGAUUCUUCACCGAAGCCAGUGAAAAUACUCACUGACAAUUGUUUACAUCGUAUUUCCAGAAGGAGUAUAUUGAAAAAAAAAGUUCGAUUUAAAGAAACUUUUUGCUUUAUGACACUGUAAAAAUAAUUGCAUUAAUUUGCAUUCAUUUUUCGGGUAUCUUUACUCACGGAGUGGUCGUAAACUUCAGCAACGUCGGUGAGUCCUGCAACCUCGUGUGACCUCUCAGAGGAUUUUUUUUUUCCUAAGGCACUCAAGGAAAUACCGGGAAGACAGGUAGUAAGGGUGACGCAGCCUAUUCCGAAACACUGAAUGACCCACCCACCCACCCACCUACUCACUUACCCACUCACUAGUGAAUCAGCGAAUAACUGACUCUCAAAAUUAAAAUCAUAUAUAAAAAGGAAGGAAAAAACGAACAUCAAAGAAGAGAUUUACGUAACUAAGAAAACAGGUUUGACGUCUGUGAAUUCUGCCGAGAAUCGCGAGGGAAAAUUGAGGAGAAUAAAAAGCGUUGGAAAAAAACGUUAGACCCCCCAAACCACUGCCUUGCGGAACACACUGCUGGUUGUCAGGUCAUGAACAAGAUGAGCAACACUCAGCAGCGGGUUUGAAUCGCAGUUGCAGGAACCUUGGACUCUGUGAGAGAAUGUCUCCUGUUGAGGGAGCUGGAUUGUCGGUGGGAGGUCGUCGAGAUCCUCCAGUGUCACAGUCAUCACCGAGGGUGCAGCGGGAGGUGAAAUCCAAUACGCCCUUUAAGCGGACCAGGUCUCGAGUAUUCUACGCCUCGCAGACGGAGUCAUGGGCCGCCGGCACCAACGACGCCACUCCGAAAGACAAAUCACUUUGCAAAGAACUAAGUUUUAGCCCACCGUGUGUGCCCACCAGCGUCAAGGCUCACGAUGCCAGAACCACGCCCACCUCUAAGGUCCUGACCAGCUCUAAGAGCCCUACCUCUAGAAACACGACCACUCCUAGAUCUUCAAACAUUAAGUCCACGUUCACCUCCAAGAUUGGAGUUCUUCACAAAAUCAGCCCACUGUACAGAGACUCUUGCAAGUCUAAUAAAGACAUCCGAGGAGGAAUAUGUGAGGCCGCUAUCCUGGAGACAGGGGAGGAAGCCUGCAGUUCAGGAGAGGAGGCCGGAGAAGUGUCCCCCGGUGGGUCUUUCCGGGGGUCCUUGAGGGGCUCCCCAUCUCACCGGUCGCAAGAUUCCGGUUACUCAGACUCCGGAGAGUCCACCAACGCUCACAAUGACAGUGACGGCUCUCCCACCACGCCACCCAAUAUAAAACACAUAACACGGGUUUACUUCGGGGACAGCCCGGAAGAGGCUUGUCUGUACAAUGAUAAAAUCGUCUGUUCGCCAGAGUUCAAGACCGAUCAGGUGAGCUUCCCCAUUAUCAGCCCGACAAGUCUCGAUUCACCUGGAAUAGAGAGCACGAUCAGCAAUCAAGCUAGCCCAGGAAGCCUUUCUAAUGGGAGCCUGGAAGAGCUCUCCGAGGAGCUGGAAUACAAGAGUGUCCUGGAGGCUGCCGCGCGGCGCACCGGUGCCGUCAGGAAGCGUAGCACUAAUAACACUGGGUCGUCGUCAUCGCCUGUUGUCAGAAGACCUCAGCGUCGCAGCAACGGCACAGACAAGUUAGUGGAACACAAACUCGAGAACCGUCGUCCAACUCCGCUGAAGGCCAGACGUCGCUGGUCUGCUGCUGAUCUGCAGCAGCAACAACAACAGACAAUCAAGCAGCGGAAACCUCAGUAUCAGGCGGCCACUACGCCUCCUGUGUACACCUCGCGGAGUACCAGCACCAACGACCUGCCAGGUAGCGCCCCCAUGGGCGUCGCGGGGAGGGUUGGCGGGGCAUGGUCUAUGGAUGCCCUGGACGACCCUAUUCCUGCCUGGAGGGUAGCUGGUGACACCACGACUCCCCCCUCACGGUGGCGGGCGGCUGGUAACGACUCUACGAUCACCCCAUUACUCCCACAUUACGCCCGCAGGAUCAGGAUACACCCAGUAGCCAUCGCCAAGGAAAUGAGAAACGGGUCAGUGGAUCACUGGCUCAAGGAGUUGAGUGUCUUGUACGAGUCUGAGUGCAUGAACACUCUCCAAUCGAAGUCACUGCCGGGGGAGAGUGCUCAGUCCAGCACCUCCUCCGGCAGCAGCAGCAGCACCACCAGCCACGCCGUCAGAGCCAUCCAGCGUCGCGCCCACGCUGUCUCAACCGAGUUCGCCAGACUUUGCCAGCGGCUUGAGUGGCUGGAGCUGGGACAGGUGCCUCUAUUGGCAGGAUCACUGGUCACUCACAUCAACACCUUCCUGAGAGACUACACCACCCAGUGGACCUCCGCCGACCCCGACCUCCUUCCCCAGUCAUCGCUGGGUCGUCAGAGUAAAGUGAUCCAGCAGAUUUGUGAGAGACUGAAGGAGGUGUGUAGCAGCGACCACCAGGACCACAAUACGACCCGUCAGGUGGUGCAGGUGGUGACGGCGCUGGGCCAUGCCUUUACCAAGCUGGUCGACCUCAUGCUGAGCAGAGAGAUCAGGGUGGUGGUACGAGUCCUGGAGGAGCCGAAAGAAGAGGAGGUGACCUCGGCUGUGUCACAUCUUACAGCUCUGGGUGUAGAUGGAGGUCACAUCUGCCGCCUCAUAGCUCGCCUGGGGGGCGUGCGGGGCCUGCUGGGAGUGUGUCUGGAACCUCGGCUGCGACACGUGCGAGUGGCAGCACUCAGAGCACUCGCCACCGUCUGCUGUGUUGUCGAUGGUAUCGUCGAACUGGAGAAGGCUGGAGGUGUGGAGGUGGUGGCGGAGGUGCUGUGUGAUGAAGACUGUCCAGAGGAGGAGAGGAGUGAGGCUGCCGGAGUGUUGGCGCAGAUCACCUCCCCGUGGGUGGAGAACACCCACCGCCUCUCUGCCCUCCAUACCCACAUGCGCACCAUCGUCCAGGCUCUCACAGGUUUGGCCCAGGCCACGCGUUCUGCAGAGAUCUUCCUGCUGGCGUCGGCAGCAUUGGCCAACCUGACUUUCUUAGACGGUGGGUGUGUGGAAGCCAUGAAGAAUGCUGGCACCGCCCGUGUCCUAUUGAAGGCCGCCCGCGACAAUCCCGACAUUUCUAUCUUCACUAAAGAUCAGAUCGCCACGGUGCUGGCUAACUUGGCGGGGUCGCGGGAGACAGCAGAGGAAGUGGUUAGGUGCGGAGGUGUUACGAUCUUGUUGUCGCUGCUCAAUACCCGCCCCGCUCCCUCCCACCGUCUACCGGAAGUGGCCACCGCCGAGCGAGUCCAGCAAAAGUCCGCCAUCGCCCUCUCCAGACUGUGUAAAGAGACGACAGUGGCGCGGCAGGUGGUAGAGCUGGGUGGGGCGGAGCGCCUGGUGAGACUGUGUAAGGAUGACCAAGAACGUAACCACAGCGAUGCAGUCCUUGUUGCAUGCCUGGCGGCCCUGCGGAAGAUGGCUUCGUCGCUGGGAUCAGAGGAGCUACGAGGGAUGGACGCCGCCGAGCUGGUGGAACCUCGCCUCCUGGACUCCUUCCUCACCUACUCCUCCCGUCAGGAGAGCUACGUGUAGAGGGAGAAACCUAGGACUCCUGUGUCGCCUAUUCCUCCUGUCAGAAGAGCAACGUGUUGAGGAAAUACCUACGACUCCUACCUCACCUAAUCUUACGUCAGAAGAGCUACGUAUAAAGGAGCAUCAGUGGUAAAUAUCUGGCGCAAUGAAAGAUGUUGGACUCACUACAAAUCCCCGGAGCCGCUCUCCUGCCGCUAUGGAAACAUAGUACAGGAGACACGUAAGGAAUCAUCAGGUAUCCUCUACUCCGUUAGCAGACAACUAAAUGAGCUCCUUCAUCAUCUUGUGAAUUCUCUGUCAUGUGUUGUAUGAGAGUAGAAACUUUGGCAUUUGAAAAGUUAUGAAAGAUGUGUGUAUUGCAUCAACAAAAAAUCUAUUUCCUAACCCCCAAAAAUACCGGAACAUUAUAAAGGCUUGUGUAUGGAUGUAGAUCUUCUUUACAAUUUCGAAAAGUAUUAUUCCAUGGAAUCAUCGUCAGACUUGUUAUAUAAGAAGUACUUAACUUGCUCAUUUAUUAUUAGACUUAUUUGUGGAGGUUGCCAGUCUACAUAAUAAGUGAUACAUGACUCUCAUCUUUGUCAUUUUAUUCGUGUGAAUAUAAAAGUUGAGCGAUGUUUUGUUAUGAGUUUUUACUUGGAAUUACUUCAUAUUUUAUGAAUGUUUUCUCAAUAAUGAAUAUCAUGGGUAUUGAGAGGCUGUGUCCUACCCAGCCUUCUGUCUUGAUAGGUUGUGGCCUGCCCAGCCUUCUGUCUUGAUAGGUUGUGGCCUGCCCAGCCUUCUGUCUUGAUAGGUUGUGGCCUGCCCAGCCUUCUGUCUUGAUAGGUUGUGGCCU